CACCACUCGAUCAUAGAUAUCUCUACACUCUUCUUUUCACUGUAUAAUUAUAAAUACCCCCAAAAGAUUCCCCAUCUUAUUCAUCUUCUUUUUUCAUUACUUUCCCUUCAACUACAAUCUCCAACUUCAAGAACCUUCUACUCAUUUCGAUAUCUUCAAGAUGGAGAACAAUGAUGAAACCAAGAAAAAUAACCAACAACAACAAUUAAAGCACCUGGGUUUUGUUAGAGCUGCUGCAAUUAACACAAUCAUGUGUUUAUCAAAUCUGUAUGAUUAUGCUAAGCAGAAUUCUGGGCCUUUGAGAUCAGCUGUAGGAACUGUUGAAGGUGCUGUUACUACUGUGGUGAACCCUGUUUUCAAUAAAUUCAAACAUGUCCCUGAUCAUAUGCUUGUUUUUCUUGAUCAAAAGGUUGAUGUGGCUAGUGCCAAAUUCAGUGAGCACGCUCCUCCGUUAGCCAAGCAGGUAGUGACCCAAGUCCACAUUGUGAUUGAUCAUACAACCCAAAUAGCCAAAGAGGUUGUGCACCAAGUUCAAGUUGGUGGUCCACUAGCAGCAGCCCAAUAUGCCGCCAACGAAACAAAGGAGUUGGUUCUUAACCAGUCAGUCAAAGUUUGGUCAAAACUUGACGAUUUCCCAGUCUUCCACAUGGUGGCCGAGAUGACAAUUCCUACAGCCACACAUUGGUCCGAGAAGUACAACAAUGUGAUCACAAACAUCCGAGGACAAGGGUACACAAUUUUCAGCUAUGUUCCAUUGGUACCAAUAGAUGAAAUUUCGACUGCAUUUAAGCAGUCAAAGGGUGCCGAGGGCAAGGGCAAUGUUGGACAUUCAGCGGCUGGUCAAGAGGCGAUCUCACAGUGAGAUAUAUGUAGAUCUAAUUCUGAUGUUUUGUGUUUGGUUUAGCUUGAUUUAGAAUAUGUAAUGUUAGUUGUGAAUCUGUCGAAACUUGAAUGUGUGCAGAUGUUUGAAGUCUUGGGAAGGUUGUUGUGUACUAAUGUGCUAUGAAGAUUAGAUAUGAUUCUAUAUAUGUGAAAUCUUGCGCUGA